AUGUCAGUAACACGGCGGCUCACGCAGAUUGAACACGAGCAAGAGAGCCGCCUCCGGAACGUCAUCAGUGAGACAGCGGUGCGGCGAGCGGAGCUCAACGCGUUGCGUCAGCGAGACAUGGACAUGAAGACAUAUAUCGCCGAUUUGGAGUUCCAGCGGGUCGUUCUAGAAGACAAGUACCACAAACUACAGCGGUCGCUCUGCGAGAAGCAGCGCGAGGUGGACGAGCUCCAGACAGGCGGCGAGGACGCCAUACGCGAGCUCGUUUUAGAGUACGAUUUUCAGGUGAAACAAAUGAAGAUCAACGGAGACAACCAUCAGCAUCAAAUGCAGCACGAUAUUCAGACCCAAAUCGAGCACAUUCUCCAGGAAAAGGUGGGGCGAUUCCAGCAGGAGCGGACUCAGGCGCAGGAAGCGUUGCUGGAAGUCGAAACUGAGCUUCGUGAAUUGGAUACAAAGUACAGGAGCGAAGUUUUGAAGCUAAAUGAGGAACAAGGGGAACGAUUGGAAGGGACAAAGCAGCAUGUGGGGGCUAAGCGGGCGCUCAUAGAGACGGAAAUUCGCGAGGUUGGAGCCGAGAUGGAGAAAAUCCGGGCUGAAAUAGCGGCUGAGGAGAAAAUGUUGGAAGAGCAGCAGCAGGUGAACCGGUCUGUGGGCGUCAGCUUGAUGGAAGCGAUCCAGAAAGACAGGGAGCAGUCUCAGGAGACGCAAGCCCUCGCAGAAGAGCUCAGGCUCCAGGAGCUGGCCCUAUCAGAGAAGCGCCAGAAGAUUGAGACGAUGCUCGAGUACGUUGCACACACACAGAUGGAUACUGCGCGCAUCCAUGAGCGGCUCACCGCGGAGGAAACCAACCGCAGACGCCUCCACAACCGCUUACAGGAGCUCAAAGGCAAUAUCCGCGUGUUCUGCCGCGCGCGACCGUUGCUCUCCCAAGACACGUCGGAGGUGUCCGACAUGGCGUUCCCCGACGAUUUCGAUGAUUGCAACCAGGAAAUUAUUUUGCGCGAUGCGCCACAGAGUGUGCUCGGCGCCACAGCUGCUGCGCGCGAGCUCAGCUUCCGAUUUGACCAGGUGUUUGACCCACUUACGACGAACGCGGAGAUUUUUGAAGAGAUCUCGCAGUUGGUUCAGAGCGCGUUAGACGGCUACAAUGUGUGCGUGUUUGCAUACGGCCAGACCGGCUCCGGAAAGACGUAUACAAUGUCCGCACGCGGCGACGGGAUGAUUCCGCGCGCGACACAACAGCUCUUCGCCAGCAGUGACGUGCUCCGCGCAAAGGGCUGGGAGUACGCUUUUCGUGGCCUGUUCUUGGAAAUCUACAACGAGGCUAUUCAUGAUUUGCUUAUCCAGACAGACAAAGCGAAGUAUGAAAUCCGCCACGAUCAGGGCAAGACGGAGGUGACAGGGCUCUCGUCCGUGGCGUUGACCAGCGCCACUAUGGUGAACGAGAUCUUUGAACGAGCGAAUAAGAACCGCUCUGUUGCCGCGACAAAGGCUAACGAACGGUCCUCCAGAUCCCACAGUGUGUUUGUCAUAACCAUUCAUGGGUCCAAUAGCAAGACUGGCGAGCGGUGCGAGGGCACGCUCAACCUCAUUGAUUUGGCGGGGUCCGAGCGCUUGAACCAGUCGCAAGCCACCGGCGACCGUUUGAAAGAGACCCAGGCGAUCAACAAGUCAUUGAGCUGCUUGGGCGAUGUCAUCGCAGCCUUGGGCUCUAGAGCGGAAAACCCGAACAGGCAUAUUCCGUACCGUAACUCCAAGCUAACGUACUUGUUACAGAACUCGCUUGGUGGUGAAAGCAAGACACUUAUGUUUGUGAACAUCUCGCCUGCCAAGGCGCACUUCAACGAGACGAUCAACUCGCUCAGGUUUGCCACCAAGGUGAACAGUACCCGUUUGGCGAGGAAAAAGGGAUGA